GGAGUGGAGGCCGGGAGCCCAAGAGUUUGACCGACGCGAGUGCAACCCAAUCGGUCGUCGCGAUUAGGCCCCCGGUUUACGAGCGGGGGCUGGCUGGCGGAGCGUUGGUGACGGGCGGCCUGAGAUUGCGGGCCGCGGGGGUGGGCCAACGCUGGAGUUUGCGGUUGAAGACAGAAGGAAAGGUGCCGGCGUCUGGUGGUGUCGCGGCUCCAUGGCGUGCCGGGAGGUGCAGGCGGCCACCGGGCUGGCGCUGCUGUGUGGAGUGUGCUCUCUGGGUGGGCUGCUGGCUGCCACACUGCUACCACGCUGGCGGCUUCAGCGCCUGGCCUCGGCCAGCCGGCACCAGCCCAACCUGAGCGUCAGCUCUGGGCUCUGGACCCGCUGCGUGCGGGCACAGGGUGAGGCCCGCUGCACCUUCCGCGAUCCCGACUGGUACCGUUCACUUGACCAGCUCGACCUGCGGCUGUUACAGCUGGCACUGCCACUGGCCCUGACUGCCGCUACCGCUGCCGCUCUGCUUGGUGCCCUCGGCCUCUGCCACGCUGCCUGCAGCGGCCGCGCCCCCCGUGCCGGCUUGGCCCGCUGCCUGGUCAACAGCGCUGGCUGCCAGCUGGUGGCUGGCUUACUCGAUCUGCUGGCCGCCUGUCUGGUACUAGGUCCCACUGUCUGGCUGCUGCUCCAUACUAACCGUCUGAACCGGCGCUACGGGCCGGCCUGGAGCGCCGGGCCCGCUGCCUAUUUAGCCCUAGGCAGCGGUGGCGGGCUGGCACUGGCCGGUGGGUUGUUGCUGCUCUGGUACUGUGCCUGCCGCCCACCGCCCGCGCUGCUUUGGCAGCCGCUGGCCCCAACCCCGCUCCCUGCCCAAUUUCAGCACUACCCAUACCCGCUAUCCGCUCCCACUGCCUACUUGGCCGAGCCCUCCGGCCGCCGUUCCCGCCUCUCCACCCUGGAGAUCGAUAUCCCUGUCAUCAGGCAGCAGGCAUGCUAAAGGGUGGGGGAAGGGGCAGUGGGGGACAGAGAUGGGGGUGUUGAGUGAUGGGGCUGCUUUGUCCUCCGCCUGUCCUCAGAACCACACAUACCCCUCGGAUGGGAUGUACGCGCAGAGGAAGAUCCCCUCACUCGCUCUCUUCCUCACACACCCCUAACACUUUUUGUCUCAAACAUGCACAUUCACCUGAUUACUUCUCACAAUAUACAGAGAGAGAUGCAUUCUUAUUCAUUUACACAGACACACACACACACACAGUCGCAAGGGCCCACAAACACUAUCUCACACACAGGAUCUCUCGCAUGUACACUACAUUGUCUCUCUCACACACACUAUUGAUGACACCCUAUAGGACACCCUCUCCUAGGGUUCCCUUUCACUCCAUUUCCCCUUUUCCUUCCAAGUCAUCUCUCAUAUACACAUUAUCAGUUCACCUGCUGUAUUCGCCUGCAGCUUGGUGCCAACUGUAUUCCCUGACCAAGACAUGAAGUAUCAAGGCCUCUGAGGGUGCAUUUAACCCAGGGAGCACUGCAAGUCGUGGAUGAUCUAAUUGCCUGUGCUGUGAAUGUGGAUAACUCCUUCCACCUGCUAACUCUGCUCUCAUUGCCUAUUCAUUCAUUGUCUGGGUGUGGGCGUCAUUCAUGAGUACAAUCAUUUCUCAUUUAUUCCCCCCCCCCCAUAAAGGUGGGGGUGAACCGCCUCAGUCCGUGUUCUGAAGGGGCUCCAAUGGUGCCAUUGAUGGAGGGAGUUCCUGGGAUUUUGACCUAGUGACGGAGAUCAAUUUUUCCUCAGCCAGACAGUGCAAGAGCAGGGCUUGUUUCACUGCGCCCACUGGCCUUGUCCUCCUGGGCGGGAAAGGCAGAGAGUGCAGAUGCUGGAACCUGUAUCUCAUGACUCAGCGGACCAAGCAGCUUCUGCGGAGGGGAAAGGUGCCAGUCGAUGUUCUGGGUGGGCAGGGGGUGGUUCGGGGAGGUGCUGUCGGAGUCGUCCCAGGCGAGUAACUGUGGUGAAAACAGUGCAGUGUCCAAUGUUGUUCUGCAAGUACUGAAUUGUGAUGUUCUGAUGUAUUAUAGCAGGCUCAAGGGGAGAGAGAGGAAGGGGAGAGGUGGCGUCCCAUUCCCAGUUCACCAGCUGUCAGGGCUGUUGGUGCAUUGACAUCACAUUAGAACUCCAUUUCACCUUCCCCCCCCCCCCCCAUCUACCUCAUUCCCAAUCUCUACCCACUUCCACAUCAUUUUCCCCACUAAUCCAUCACAACCCCAUCCCUUUCUCUUCCUUCCUAUCCCACACCAUCUCCUCCUUUCCCCCUCACAUCUCACCCCUUUCCAUGCCAUUUCACCAUCUUUCCCCUCCCCAUCAAUCCCACAUUACACCCAACUUCAUCCCCUCCCAUGGGAGUCAACAACUCCCUUUAUCGUUUAAUGAGUUUCAGUUCCCCAGCCCUUGCUAGUGGGACUGGAUGGGUAUCUGUGGAGUAAUGUAAGGGGAGCGGGGGAGCCCCUGUGACCAGAAUGAUAUCUCUCUUAUAAACUCCCUCUCUCUCCCACCACGUUCCUAGAUCCUGCCUCUGUUAAAUUGGGAAUAUGCUACUAUUUUCCCAGGCUGGGUCGGGGGUGAGGGAAGUGGUGUGGAAACUGCUGGUUCUGAAUAUUCCUGUGCCCUGUUGUAUAUACUGUAUAAUGAACUGUUGAAGAGUUUCAAUGUCUGUGCCUAUCGGCGGUGGGAGUGCUUUACAAUAAAAGUAUUCAUUUAUUCAUA